GAUGUUGUUGGAUCAGUGGGUGGGGGCCCCAAACCCCCAGCACGAGAACAGCGGGAGCCCGUCGCCUAGGACCCCGCGGCCGCUCAAAUGGGUGAACCUGACCUCUCCGGGAAGCCCCACCGCGCCGCUCUAGCCUCGCUCGCCCGCCACCACCCCACUUACAGAACUUCUGUAGAAUUCGGGAUGUAUGUGUAAUUUCCCAGCGAGAGCGGACUAAGGGCGCUCUCCAACAAGGGGGCCACCCCAAAGUCCCCCGAGAGCCUCUUUGGCAGGGUUCUCAGGGCUGGGAGCCUGGAGCGGGGCAGACUUGCCCGGUAGUGGCGCGCAGCCGCCGGCCCAAGACCAUGGCCGCGGGACGCAGCCGCCGGGAGCCGCCGCGCGGAUGCCGGGGCGCCCCUCCCUAGCGGGGCGCAGCCUCCUCGUCUCCCGCCCGGCCGGCCGCAUGGGGGGCGGAGGGUCGGCCCUGCGGGUCUGCGCCGACCACCGCGGGGGCAUCAACUGGCUCAGCCUGAGCCCGGACGGGCAGCGCCUGCUGACGGGCAGCGAGGACGGCACGGCCCGGCUCUGGAGCACCGCGGACGGCCAGUGCUGCGCACUCCUGCAAGGGCACGAGAGCUAUGUGACCUUCUGCCAGCUGGAGGACGAAGCCGCCUUCACGUGCAGCGCUGACCACACCAUCAGGAAGUGGGACGUGCGCACCGGGCAGUGUCUGCAGGUCUUCCGAGGACACACGUCCAUCGUGAACAGGAUCCUGGUCGCCAACAACCAGCUCUUCAGCAGCUCCUACGACCGCACAGCUCGAGCCUGGAGCGUGGAUGGGGGGCAGGUGUCCCAGGAGUUCCGGGGCCACCGCAACUGCGUGCUGACCCUAGCCUACUCUGCGCCCUGGGACCUGCCUGGGGCUCCAUGCGCCGAGGAGGUUGGGGGGCUCCUGGUGACGGGCAGCACGGAUGGCACGGCCAAGGUGUGGCAGGUGGCCAGUGGCUGUUGCCACCAGACGCUGCGGGGCCACACGGGGGCCGUGCUUUGCCUUGUGCUGGACACGCCCAGUCACACCGCCUUCACCGGCAGCACCGACACCACCAUCCGUGCCUGGGACAUCCUGAGCGGGGAGCAGCUGCGGGUGUUCAGGGAGCACCAGGGCUCUGUCAUCUGUCUGGAGCUCGUGAACCAGCACGUAUACUCGGGCAGCGCCGACAGGACGGUCAAGUGCUGGCUGGCCGACACCGGGGAGUGCGUGCGCACGUUCGCGGCCCACCGACACAGCGUGAGCGCCCUCAAGUACCAUGCAGGCACCUUGUUCACGGGCAGCGGGGACGCCCGCGCGCGCGCCUUCGACGCCCAGUCCGGAGCGCUGCAGAGGGUGUUCCGCGGGCACGCCUUCGUCAUCAACUGCAUCCAGGUGCACGAACAGGUGCUCUACACCGCCUCGCAUGACGGCGCGCUGCGCCUCUGGGACGUGCGCGGCCUCCCGUGCGCCCCACCGCCGCGCCCCACCGCCCCCGCGCGCAGCCGCUCCCGCCUCUUCAGCAACAAGGUGGGCUGCGCCGCCGCGCCCCUGCAGCCCGCCUGAGCGCCCCGAGACCGCGGGCCGACCCACCCCCGCCCCAGGCAGGGGGCUCUGCCUGUCCUCGGUGUCCGUGGACUUCUGAAGCCCCCUCCCGUCCCAUGGACGGCGACCAUGCUCGCCCUCGGUGACCACGUCUCUGUCCCCACCCCCUCCAAACCCAGCCCUUCCCCCCCACACCCGCCGCAGAGCUGCCCUGCACUCAGGUCUGCACCUGACCCAGCGGGACCCUCCUGACCCAGCGGGACCCUCCCGACCCAGGGUCUGCCGCCACACAGCCCCCAGAGCCUGAGGUCCCCAGAAGCCAAGCCCGCGCUGAGGGGAAAUGGGAUUUCUUCAAAAAGCCGCCCAGCCGCAAUUGUCAUUAGUUUGGCCAACUGUCUUGAGGACACUAGUGAAGAACCGAAAUACACGCCCUUCCAAGUGCUCUGGAAUAUGUCUUUUGUUCUGCAAACUCUCAGCUUCCUGUCAGAGGGAGGAGGGGUUCCCGGAACCGGGGGCCUCACACACCGGCCUGGGCCUGCCCCUCCUCAAGGGGGUGGUGAGGGGCUGCGGCCCGAUGGCCCCUACCGACCCCUACCGCGUCCCUCGUGUGGGGAGUGGCCACGGGAGAGCCCAGGGAGCAAGGAACUGGCCCUUCGGCCCGUCUGGGUGACGACGGGGAUCCGUCACCCCUGCUUUGGAGCUCCCAAGUCUGCAUGAAUCGAGGAGGGCUCUUCCCUCCGGUCUGGGUCUGCAGUAGAAAGGCCGGGGCAGUAGCCGCCUGGCCGCGUGCGCAGGAGCCAGCCCGACGCUGCGCGCGGUGAAGGCGUGGGCGUCGCUCAGGAGAGCAGCUGCAGUUCUCGCCCCGAGGGGCUUCACGGGGCAAGUGCGGCCCAGGCUCCAGAGAGGCCCCGAGGGGAGCCGCCCCCAGCUGCGCUCUCAUCACCCGAAGGGGGCGCUCUGCCAGCCCUCGCCUGGUGCAGGAGAAGCAGCUUGGCAGUGUCUGCGGUUGAGAGCUCAGCAUCUCGCCCGGGACAGGAGCCUCCGGUGCAGAGGAGCGGGCACCGCACUGUGUUCACUCAAGAGCAAUUUCACCGGCAAGAUGCGCGGCAGGACCCGUGUUCCCCGGGGUGGCCAGGUCCAGGCCUGACGGUGGGUUCCCCCCCCCCCCCCCGCACCCUACCCAGGCCCAUGAAUACGUACAGGAUUGGUACCGGGGGCAGUAGGAAGGGACACGUGCCUUUGUGACUGUGCUCUAGGCCACACCCCCAAACCUUGGGAACCCGGGGGCCUCCCCAGGAAAGCAGGCUGGCCGGUGAGAAGCACGCGCGGCAGCAUCCUUGGGCUCCAGAGGUACCGGUGCUGUCGGCUGUGCCUGGGGGCGCGGGCUGCCUGGCGGGCAGCCCACGGCUGGGGCUGCAGGGGCUUGCCCACCGGCGGGGCUUCCCGGGGGGGCCGGCAGACGGCCCACCUUGAGUACCUGUGCCAGGAUUUCCACUGUGCCGACGGCGAGGCGGCUUGAGUAACCAGACGCGCACCGACGCUCGCGGCUGCUGCUGCGCUCCUGCUCCUACGUCACCUCAGAUCCCCAUCUUACCCAUGGGCUAGGAGACACCGGGAAAGAGCCCCGGGUGCGGAUCAUAGCACAGGAGCUGCUGGAGAUUUGUUCUCCCGCCUGCCGCUCCUGGAGAGAGUAGGAAAUGGAAACCUGUUUGGUUUGGUUUUUAUAUUCACAUAGCAGAAUAAAUUUGGGUGAUUUUUAUUUCUACAACACACAGGCUUUGUUAGAUGUUGAGGAUGUUAAGACCAGAUGACCAGGUAGUCUUUGCCCUUGAUAAAUACGGCUGGAUGGGGGUGGGGGGAAGGACAGAAGUACUUAUGGACACAUGGGCAGGAAACGGGCAGGGAAGUGUCACCAAAGCCAAGAGCAGACGGAAUUUCACAAGAGAAGGAUCAGCAUCAGACGUGAGGAGUGCAGACAUCCGCGUCCCACUGCUGCUCGGAGUACUCUAAGGGCCUGGGCAUUCGGCCACUCCAAUCUAGACCCCCGCCUGCCUUCCAGAGAGCUCUGUGGUUGGGACUCCGCAGUCCUUUCCACCUCAUCCUCUGCCCCGCCCCACCCUCUGGUGGGCCUAGAAUGGCCGUGACCUCAUGAAUAUGGCACACUUGGCCUGUUUUCUACGCCGACUAUUAUUACCUGCUCAUUGGUCCCGGGUCUGGAAUGUUCUCCUUUCUUCUCAGAAUCUCGGAGAGUCUGACAGGAAGCUGAGAUGCCUCCAAGGCCCACCUCCUCUGUGACUCUCCUGUUUACUUGGGGACAUUUUCAUCACAAAUGCCCUCUGCUGCUUCUCUUGCCCUCCAGAGCUGGGAGUGGCACUUGGUCACUGCCUGUCUAGUUUCACACACCAGCUGGAGGCGAAGCCAGGACCAGAGCCUGUCUCCUGACUUGGGAUGGGCAGCCGUCCUUACGUGAGAACUGGCUGAAGUGAUGUCAGAGCCCUGCUAGCGUGCUUCUGCUUUCUAGCCUUUCUAGGGUCACUAAGAACGCAUCUGGGAAGCUAGAAGCCAUGCCUGGCCCAACACCAGGACAGUAACUAGUUAGCCAGAAGCUGCAAUUCAGGCCUGAAAUCCGAGGAUGACAUGGUCCCAGCGAGGCUGAAAGACCCCCUCAUCACCUCGGCCGUCAGCCACUUCAACAUCACCAGCGCAAACCCCCUUCCCCUCCUGUGCAGGCUCCUCCCGCACCAUCAGCUCCAGC